AUGCGUGCAGCUACUCUUAUCGCGGCUUCGGCCAGCCUCGCGUUUGGUCAACUCGACGUAACAGCUAAGGACUCCAAUGGAAAUACUCUUCCAGUCUACUCUCCCUCACGCCCUCCAGCUAUUCCUCUUGCCGUCCGUUCUCCAUAUACCAGCGCAUGGAGUUCUACUUCGAAUAAUGGCACAUUGAAUACCAAUGGUGUGAUAUUCUGGCCAGGUACUCCUCUCGGCUGGGAAGGGAUUGUUACUGUCGAUGGGACUUCCUACGAAUACCUUGGGACUGGCUCAUCGACCCUUCCUACACUGCCAAAUCUGAAGCCCGCUAUCCCCUUGACUGUCAGCUAUGACUCACAAUACUCCAACUUCACGUUUGGUGCUGGUCCCAUGGAGAUCACGGCCAGUUUCCUAUCGUCUGUUUUACCAAAAGAUCUCUGCCGGACAAGCAUUCCACUAAGCUAUUUGACAACUUCUGUAAGGUCUACAGACAAUGACAGUCACAGUGUGCAAUUCUACAGCGAUGUCAAUGCGGCCUGGGUGGCCUACGAGAACAAUGUCACUACGCAGUGGACUUUCUAUGAAGGGUCUACCCCGGCGAAUGGAAGCAUCAAUGCCACGAAUCCAUCUUCGAUAUACAGUUGGUUUGUCUCUUUAGAGAACGCGUAUGAGUUCGCUGAGGAGUAUGACAAACCUCUAUGGGGCAACUUGAGCUACUCUACGUCGUCCAAUUUCUCAGGAUCAACCAAUUUCAGCUACCAGAGUGGAUAUUCGAGCAAUCUCCAAUACCAGUAUGUCAUGAAGCAUUCAUUGCAAGACUUCGUUGAUCCCGGCUAUCGGCCUUUUGGCACGCGAGAUCCUGCUUUUGCCUUUGCGCAUGAUUUUGGAACCGUUUCUUCGGCUUCCGUGAUGUACACAAUUGGAGAGGUUCAACAACCUGCGAUCCGAUAUCUCACUUCCCAAGGUGUCGAGUCAUUGCAACCGUGGUGGACACAAUGCUAUGGCGAUAUCUUCCAGAUGAUCAAUUUCCAUUUUAACGAUUUUUCUACGACCCAGCAAUUGGCUUCCAGAUUUGAAGUCCAGCUCAAGGCAGACGUGGAUUCGUACUAUAGAGCGAACAUGGCUAUGGUUUACAGCAAUAGCACCAUCGGUCCACUUCCCUUUUACUCUAACGGGUCUCAAACCUACACCAAUAGCACCGACCAGUACGGAGAUCGAUACAUCUUUGACCCAAACAACAUGUACGGUUUCUUGAAUCCUUACAACUUCAGCGGAGUCCCCAUUCCGGAUAUUGAAGAAGCCCAGGCAUAUUACUCUAUUGUUGCCCUGUCAACUCGGCAAAUCAUGGGAGCCUACGUUUUGACCGUACCCCCUUCUGGUGGCUGCUCGAACGGUGGUGUGAACGUGUCAGAGCCACUGUUCUUCCAGAAAGAGAUAUCUUCAGACGGAAACGUCAACACUGUCGACGUCCUUUACCCAGCUAUGCCAUUUUUCCUAUAUGCGAAUCCAGAGCUACUUCGAUACAGUCUCGAGCCUUUGUUCCAGAAUCAGGAGAGUGGGUUCUAUCCUAACGGCUACAGUAUGCAUGACUUGGGCACGAACUUCCCCAACGCGACUGGACAUGUGGAGGGCAAUGAUGAGUACAUGCCAGUCGAAGAAAGUGGGAACAUGAUCCUCAUGACCUAUGCCUACUACAAGUUCUCUGGAAACUCGGCAUUCGUCCAGCAACAUUAUGCGAAACUCCAACAAUUCGCUUCAUACUUGAUUGAAUACUCGCUACUUCCGGGCCUUCAGGUCAGCACUGACGACUUCGCCGGCGCGCUGGUCAACCAAACCAACCUAGCAAUCAAAGGCAUUGUCGGCAUUCAAGCUAUGUCUUUCAUAUCCACCUUAGCUAAUGACUCGUUCGGUUCCCAAAACUAUAGCACAACGGCCAGAAGCUUCUAUAGCCAAUGGGAAGGUUUUGCCAUCGAUCCUUCAGAGAAGCAUACCAUGCUCGCCUACCAAUGGCGCUCAACCUACAGUCUUCUCUAUAACACCUACCCAGACGUGCUCCUCGAUCUGAAUCUAAUUCCGAACUCGCUCUACGACAUGCAAUCAACCUAUUACCCUACUGUCAGUCAAGUAUUCGGCAUCCCCCUCGACAGCCGCCACAGCUACACCAAGAGCGACGAGUCCAUGUGGACAGCUGCAACUUGCACGCCUGAGACCAGGAGAUUGUUCGUUAACGCUCUGGGCUAUUGGCUCAACGAGACCACGACGCAAUACGCAUUUACCGAUCUGUACGAUACAAUUGAUAUGGGCGCGUAUCCUGUGAGUCCGAAUCCGGUGACUUUCAUCGCGAGACCCGUUGCCGGUGGGCAUUUCUCGUUGCUGGCGCUGGAGAGAAAGGGGCAGCUGGGGGUCUUGGGAACGGGAUUUGGAACUAGCGAGAAUUCCACGACAUUGCCUUGA